CAAAAAGCGAGCCAAAGGCGAGCAAAAAACUUACCGAGCAAAAUCGAAAUCGAACUCGUGCCGAAAGGUUGUGUUGUGCGAAAUUGUGCAAAGCAGCUGCGAGAGGAACCCACGCGGAAGUCGAGCAAUCACCGGAUUCACCAGCAACCAGCUAAAGUUGAAGCUAAAAUGCCCCAGCUCCAGAAGACCGCCCCCGAGUUCUCCGGCACCGCCGUCGUCAACGGCGUGUUCAAGGACAUCAAGCUGAGCGACUACAAGGGCAAGUACCUGGUGCUGUUCUUCUACCCGCUGGACUUCACCUUCGUGUGCCCCACCGAGAUCAUCGCCUUCUCGGAGAGCGCCGCCGAGUUCCGCAAGAUCAACUGCGAGGUGAUCGGCUGCUCCACCGACAGCCAGUUCACCCAUCUGGCCUGGAUCAACACGCCCCGCAAGCAGGGCGGCCUGGGCAGCAUGGACAUCCCCCUGCUGGCCGACAAGUCGAUGAAGGUGGCCCGCGCCUACGGCGUCCUCGACGAGGAGACCGGCAUCCCCUUCCGCGGCCUCUUCAUCAUCGACGACAAGCAGAACUUGCGCCAGAUCACCGUCAACGAUCUGCCCGUGGGCCGCAGCGUCGAGGAGACCCUGCGCCUCGUCCAGGCCUUCCAGUACACCGACAAGUACGGCGAGGUCUGCCCGGCCAACUGGAAGCCCGGCAAGAAGACCAUGGUGGCCGACCCCACCAAGUCCAAGGAGUACUUCGAGACCACCUCCUAAAGAGGCUGUCUGUCUGCCGGACGGGGCACGCUGCUCCUGGCGAGUGGGAGCGCAAUCGAAUCGCCACCGCCCUCGUCCGCCACACACACACACACCCACAUACUAUAUAUCCUACAUAUUAACCCUAGAGCGUAGAGAGAGGCGGAAACUGUGAGGCACCUUUCCCGAGGAAACCCAAACACCUGCAGGCGAGGAACCCAAGCGAAAAGUGUUAUUUGUGUGCUUUUUUUUUGUAAUUCACCACAAUAAACGAUUGUACGGAAGAGAA